AUGACCGUCCCGAAUGGUAAUAAACAUAUCCAGCAUGCUCCAGAACCUAUCGCCAUUGUUUCUGCGGCCUGUCGGUUACCGGGCCAUGUAAACAACCCGCACAAGUUAUGGGAGCUCCUUCAGUCUGGCGGCACUGCCGUUUCCAAUGAGGUGCCGAAAUCUCGAUUUAGCUCCGAGGGACAUUUCGACGGGUCAGGCAGGCCUGGCACCAUGAAAGCCCUGAGCGGCAUGUUCAUAGAGAAUAUUGAUCCGGCCGCCUUUGAUGCUUCCUUUUUCAACCUCACCCGAGAUGAUGCUAUUGCCAUGGAGCCCCAGCAACGUCAGCUUCUUGAGGUGGUUUACGAGUGCUUCGAGAAUGGCGGUAUACCAAUUGAGGAAGUGAGCGGGAAACAAAUAGGUUGCUAUGUUGGUAGUCUGAACGGCGAUUACCACGACAUGCAGAUGCGAGAUCCCGAGCAAAGGAUGCCGGGUCAUGCAGUUGGCACUGGUCGCGCCAUACUGAGUAAUAGGAUUAGCCACUUUUUCAACCUAAAAGGAUCUAGUUUUACAAUUGAUACAGCGUGCUCUAGCGGACUUGUUGGGGUAGAUAUAGCCUGCAAGAAUCUACGGGCCGGAAUACUGACCGGCGCGAUUGUGGCUGGUGUCAAUUUGUGGCUAUCGCCAGAGCACACUGAAGAGAGAGGUACCAUGCGGGCAGCAUACUCAGCUAGUGGCAAGUGUCACACUUUUGAUGCCAAGGCUGAUGGUUACUGCCGAGCCGAGGCAGUUAAUGCUGUGUACCUGAAGCGCCUGUCGGAUGCUGUGAGGGACGGCGAUCCCAUCCGUGCAUUGAUUCGCGGGACAGCAAGCAAUAGUGACGGGUGGACUCCAGGGAUUAACAGCCCCAGCUCCGAAGCUCAAGCGGCGAUGAUUCGCGAAGCAUAUAAGGAUGCUGGGAUUGACAAGACCCAAUACGCUGAGACGGGAUACCUCGAGUGCCAUGGCACUGGUACACCGGCCGGAGAUCCUCUUGAAGUCAAAGGCGCUGCAUCAGUGCUCGCUCACAUGCGUCCACAAGAGUACCCCUUAAUCAUCGGCUCGGUGAAGAGCAAUAUUGGGCACUCCGAGCCAGGCGCAGGUCUUUCGGGACUCAUCAAGGCUAUGUUGGUUGUCGAGGAGGGCAAAAUCCCCGGUAAUCCAACGUUCUUCAUCCCAAAUCCUGCCAUCGACUUCGACGAUCUUCGGGUACGUACCUCGCGACUAAGCAUCCCGUGGCCCAAAGAGUCGAACCACUAUCGACGUGCAAGCGUAAACUCGUUUGGAUUCGGAGGCUCCAAUGCACAUGCCAUACUAGACAACGUUGAUCAUUACCUGGGGAAAUAUGAGACAUCGCCCAAGAUACCCAGACCUCACGUUAGCUCUUAUAUCAAUAUGUCCGACAUGUUGUCCUUGUGUGACGGAAUUCUGUCAUCCGAAACAGCCGCUCAGCGUCCCCAAGUCCUCGUUUUCUCGGCCAACGAGGUCGAUUCAUUAAAACGCCAAAUAGCGACAAUUUCAGCUCAUCUUCUCAAUCCUCGAGUCAAAGUCAAGCUUUCAGAUCUCAGCUAUACACUCUCAAACCGGCGAUCCCGCCAUUUUUACCGUGCCUUCUUGCUCAGUUUUUCAACAAAAGGUGGACAUGUCAGACAGAUCGCAGUGGACGAGGCUCGAGUUUCCAAGAUACCACAAGAGGCAACACGAAUCGGCUUCGUAUUCACGGGCCAGGGUGCGCAGUGGCCACAGAUGGGGAUGGAGCUACUCAGAGCGUUCCCACAAACCGCUAAGCCAGUCCUCGAGCAAUUGGACAGAGUACUACAGGAAUUACCAGUAGGCCUCAGACCAAGCUGGUCGCUGCUAGAGGAGCUGACGGAAGCUCGUUCCUCGGAGCGCCUGAGCAAACCAGAAUUUUCCCAGCCUCUCGUCACAGCGCUACAACUGGCACAAUUAGCCGUUCUGGAGUCCUGGAACGUGCGACCAGAAGCUGUUAUAGGUCACUCCUCCGGUGAAAUAGCAGCUGCGUGUAGUGCAGGACUCAUAACACCUAGGCAGGCUAUUCUCAAUGCAUAUUUCCGAGGACUCGCAGGUAAAAGCGCUCCGGCAACUAGUCUAAAGGGCAUGAUGGCUGUUGGGCUUAGUUCAGAGGAAGUGCAGCCGUACAUUGAUGGCGCAAAUACGGUCGACGGAGAUGUGGUAAUUGCCUGCUACAAUAGCCCUGCUAGUGUCACUCUCUCUGGAUCUGCCACUAAAUUAUCAGAACUACAAGAUAGUAUCAAGGCAGCUGGACAUUUUGCCCGAAUGUUGCGCGUUGAAGUGGCCUACCACUCGCACCAUAUGACCAAAAUAGCGAACCGCUACCAAGAGCUACUCAACGAACAUGGAGAGCUUGGGGACGGAGGCAAAGGCAAUAAGAGCCCAUGUCAUAUGAUCUCAACUGUGACUGAGGAUGAGGCAACUAAAGUUGAAGUCGGUAACGUUGAAUAUUGGAAAGCGAACAUGUUGUCGCCCGUCCGAUUCGAUGGAGCCUUUAGCAAGAUGAUAGCAAAGAAGGAACUCGCACCCAAUUUCCUGAUAGAACUUGGACCAAGCAACACGCUUGCAGGGCCAAUCACCCAGAUUGCUAAAGCAGCCAAGGUCGACCACCUCAUGUAUGCCGCAAUGAACAAGCGUGGCAAAGAUGAGCGCUCCCGCGCAAUUUUCGAGCUUGCAGGCCACUUGUUCCUUCAGAAUUCCGACUUCUCCUUUUACAAAGUGAACUUCGGCGAAAGUAUACCGGAUGAGAUGAAGCCUGCGGUAAUUGUCGACCUGCCCAACUAUCAGUGGAAGCAUUCUACCCAAUACUGGCACGAGAGCUUGGCGAGCAAAGACUGGCGGUUCAAGAAAUUCCCGGCUCAUGACUUGCUUGGUAGCAAAGUCCUCGGCACCCUGUGGCAGAGCCCAUCCUGGCACCGGAUGCUCCGUCUGUCAGAUGCCCCUUGGCUGCGGGACCACCAAAUUGGGUCAGAGGUAAUUUUUCCAGCUGCAGGCUAUAUUACCAUGGCCAUGGAAGCUGUUCGCCAAACCACUUUCUCGACUGUGACAGGUCAAGAUCGAGAUGUCCUGAAAAAGAGAAACUACCGAUACUGCCUUCGGGAUAUACAAUUCCCCAGAGGAUUAGUGCUCGAGGAUGAGGUUGAAGUCCAUAUCAUGCUAUUGCUGCUACCCAUGGCAAAGCUGGGGCAGGGAUGGUGGGAGUAUAAAAUCACAUCCCUGGCAGAAUCGGAUUCAACGGCAUCGUCGCCAUUGCCAAUUUUAUCCCCUAAGCAAUGGACCCUCAAUUCCACCGGGUUAGUUCGACUGGAGAUGAAUCCCGAUGCAUCAUUGUCUCGAGCACCAGAAGACACCUGCAUCUUGCCUUUGGACAACCCAACGCCCGGGAAGAUGUGGUACAAGUCUCUGAGAGACGUCGGAUACUCGUAUGGUCCCGAUUUCCAGAAACUAGUAGCAGUCGAGAGCAAGGAGGGAAACUCAAGAUCUCGCUCUCUUAUCUCUUUGGCACCGCCACGAUCCAAGUGGGAACCACAGUCCGAGUACUCACUGCACCCGGCUCCUCUAGACAGUGUCUUACAGAGCAUGUUCGCGUCGCUUUAUUGUGGUAGCCGUAGCAAUGUGGACAAGCUACUCGUUCCCAGAGGCAUCCGUGACCUGACUGCCUCUGGUCACUCUUGGAAGUCCGGAGAGGCAGUAUCUGUGACCAACUCGAAUUUGACAUCGGGAGAUGCGUCUUUGUACGAUCCUGCAAGUGGGUCGCUAAUCAUGCAGCUUAGCGACGUGUCAUUCUCCCCCAUGUUGGAUAGUCGAGAGAGCGUUUACAUGUCACACGUUUAUACUCAGUUAACGUGGAAGCCAGAUUUCCGACUCCUGGAUACAAACGAGAAACUCCAACAAGUACUGUUUGGUUACGAUGACAACACCGAGGCCCAUGUACAGGAGAUUCUCGAUUUGGCAGCUCAUAAAGCGCCAAAUUUGAGGGUUAUCGAGUUCAACCUCGUGCUGGGAGACGUGGAAUCUCUGUGGCUCGCCAAAGAUCCGACACCACGCCCAGUCCGCACUGCCCUCACCGAAUUCCGUUUUGCUGCCACCAGCGCAGAUGCUGUGUUAACGGCGGAAGCGAACUAUGCAGAGUGGCCUGCGGCACGUGGUGCCCGCUUCAGUGUGCUUGAUCCCUUCAGCAAAGCUUUUACCGUACCCGCAGGGAGUUCCAAAUUUGACCUUGUGGUGAUCAAGUGGUCUCAACACGAAUACUCUGGCGAGCUCGAGACACUCGCGGGCAACCUGCGCAGUCUUACUUCUGAGGGUGCCAGCGUGGUAUUCUAUGAUCCCAGCAAAUCCAGUCCGUCAGAAGAAAAUCGAUCGGUGAACAAGAAUAACUCUUUCAGCGCACUGCGACGGUUCGGUCUCACCAAGGUUCGCCAGACAAUGGGUGGGGGUUGCAUCGUCGCAGAGGUCAGCUCGGAACAGGCUCCCCUACCCAGCAACAAUAAUAGUGUGUACAUUGUGCGUUUCUCAUCUUCGCAAUCAACUGUUGUCGAUCGCACCAUUUCGCAACUUCGAGAAGUUGGCUGGAGCUUGACUGAGAUUUGCAUCAACGAUAAAUCCGGCCAUGGGCUUGCGGAGCUCCCUUACGGAGCAACAGUGCUCGUUCUUGACGAGUUGACUCGGCCGUUGCUCGCCACAGCAACAGAGAAUGAAUGGACAGCUCUCCAAGCGAUAAUACAGAGAGAGUGUCACUUGGUUUGGGUGACGCAAGGCUCGCAAAUCAAGCCUACUGCGCCCCUCAAAGCCGUAGCCCAUGGGACUUUUCGUACUGUCCGCGCCGAAGUACCCAUGAUUCACAUCAUGACACUGGACGUCGAGUCCGCCACAACAGAGAGCUCGGGCAGAAACGUGACUGCCAUCAGUAUUGCUCUAAGAGAGGUAAUUUCAGCGAAGGAUAGAUCUCUUCCUGUUGAGUGCGAGGUUACUGAACGUGGCGGGCUGUUGUAUGUCAGUCGCAUCUGGCCUGAUGCUGGGGUGAAUGAACGCAAGGUGGAAGACGAUGCGGGAGGCCCACCAGCUAUACUAACCAAGUUCCAUGACUCAAAGUCUACGAUCCGAUUGGUCACGAGUAAUCCUGGUAGUUUCGAGGCGCUACAUUUCGCGGAGCAAGAUCCAGAUGGGUCCCAAGUUCAAGUGAUAGGGCCAGAUGAGACUGAGAUCGAGAUAUUUGCAUCAGGUUGCAAUUCUAGAGAUGUCAAUAUGGCCAUGGGACAUUUGUCCGAGAACUCGGAUAGAUUCGGCUGGGAAGGAGCUGGCGUGGUCGUCCGCGUAGGCGACUCCGUCAGCACUCGCCAUGUCGGUCAGCGAGUGGCAGUGUUUGGCCGAGGUUGCUUUGCCAACCGAGUGACGGUCUCAUGCAAGGCUACCUUUCCCUUGCCUGAUGAUAUUCCAUUCGAGGAGGCUGCAGCGUUACCAGUCGCCUUCCUCACCAGCUUAUACGCACUUGGUCAUCUCGCACAUGUACAGAAACAUGAUCGUGUCUUGGUCCAUUCAGCUUUUACCGAAAUUGGGAUCUGCUGCGUUCGCCUUUGCCAACGUUCAGGGUGUGAUGUGUUUGCGACGGUCGGAACCCUAGAGCAGCGCCAUUUUCUGGUUCAAGAACUUGGACUGCCGGAAGACCAUAUCUUCACGUCGGAGCCUACAUCAUUUCCUCGUGCGCUGCAUGAUGCAACGAAGGGUCAUGGACUCGAUAUCAUUAUCAGUCAGCCUACAAAUGGCAAUCUUGACUAUGAGAACGUGCGGCUACUUGCCUCUGGUGGACGUGUUAUCAGAAUCACGAACGGAGGCGCCGAUUUUGGCAAUUUGCUGUUUACGGGAUCACUCGCUGCCAACUGUUCUUUCCAGAGCUUGGAUAUAACAGCUUUACCCCAGGGAACUAUUGAACUUGUUGGUACUCAUCUUUGCAGUGUCUUCUCGGAGCUGUCUCAGCUCAUCGCUGAUGGCAAUCUACCGGCCCCAUCACCGACCACACUUUUGGGCUAUGAAAUGAUACCCGAGGCACUCCGACUUCUUCGAGAAGGUACUCAAAUUGGAAAGAUCGUUAUUUCAGACGGCCAUAACACGAAGCUAGCUGUUCCGACCCGACCGGCAAGGACUUUGGCAGAAUCCAUUCUUAGCCCUGAUCAUUGUUAUCUCUUCGUGGGAGGCUUGAAGGGUAUCUGUGGUAAUCUUGCCAUUCAUUUGGCCUCCCACGGGGCCAAGCACAUUGCCGUCAUGUCCCGCAGCGGUUAUGGAGAUAAGGUAUCCCAGAGCAUCGCUGAGAACAUUACAACACUAGGGUGUGCUCUUGACUUGAUUCAAGGCGAUGUCACUUCUAUCAACGAUGUCCGGCGGGCUUUUAGCGAAGUAUCUGUUCCCGUUGGUGGAAUCAUUCAAGGAGCCGCCGUGCUCAGGGAUCGGACGUUUGAAUCCAUGUCUCACACAGACUACCACGCUGCUUUAUCAAGCAAAGUGACGGGUACAUCCAACCUACAUUCUGUUUCUCUUGAAACAAAGCAACCCAUCUCAUUCUUCACCAUGCUAUCCUCCAUCUCCGGAGUUAUAGGCCAGAAGGGCCAGGCCAACUACGCUGGUGGUAAUGCAUUCGAGGACGCCUUCGCAGAGUAUCGCCGCGCAUUGGGACUGCCCGCUAUUAGCAUCAACCUCGGGCCUAUAGAAGACGUCGGCAUCAUCCACGGGAACGAAGAUCUCCAGAACAGAUUUGACGGUAGCACUCUGCUUGGCAUCAAUGAGCGUUUGCUACGCCGAAUCUUGGACUACUCUCUCCUUCAGCAGCAUCCAGACCCACAUCACCGUCUCAACCUCACCAGUCAAGGCCAAAUGAUCACAAGUCUGGUUGUUCCUCAGCUCGAAGACAGCGACCUGCUCGGAGACGUACGCUUCAGGGGCUUGCGAGUCCUCGGAGCGGAUGGUCCACGUUCGAGAGGGGACGCUAGCAAAGAUAAAGAGACACGGACCUUAUUGUUUCUAACACAAUCGCAGAAUCCCAACCUUGGAUCCGUGCGGGCUGCAGCUAUCACGGUCGUGGGUGCGCGGUUGGCAAAGCAGCUACGCUUAACUGGUGGGCUAGACUCGGCACGGCCCCUCUCAUACUAUGGGUUAGACUCACUGGCGGCUGUGGAGCUACGAAACUGGGUGCGUAUGACGUUCGGGGUAGAGCUCACCACAUUGGAU